UAGAAAUGAAUGUUACAUAAUCAAUUUCUUCCUACACUCAACCAAAAAUUUUUUAUCUCAAGAACAAGAAAAUGCUAAAAUUGAUGUUGGCUUGUUGCAAAGUGUACAUAUCAGAAAGCAGAAACAGGGGAGCUCUUGAAUCAAUUGAAAAAGCUGUCAAAUUGUUUCCAGAAUCCCCCAUUAUCAACAAAUUUGAAGAUGAGAUUUACAACAGAGUUGGAUAUACCCUUGUUUCCAAAAUUUCUCCCAAUUCUUCAUCUGGGUCUUGUUCCUUACCCUUAAAGAAUGCAUCUUUUGCUAUGGUGAAAGCUGCAUUUGAGACAAUUGAUCUCCAAGAACAUUGUGGAACUCAUCCUAGGCUUGGGGUUGUGGACCAUAUCUGUUUCCACCCUUUGGGUACAACUUCUUUGGACCUGGUUGCUGACACUGCUAAGUCUUUGGCAUUUGAAGUUGGUUCUAAUCUUAAAGUUCCAACCUUCUUAUAUGGAGCAGCACAGCAAGAGGGAAGGUCACUUGAUUCAAUCAGAAGGGAGUUGGGAUAUUUCCAUCCUAAUUCAAGUGAGAACCAGUGGAUAGGUGGGACAAAAUUAGAGACGUUGCAACUAAAGCCUGACGAGGGUCCUGCUCACGCGACUCAAGCAAAAGGUGUUAUUACAAUUGGAGCUACAAGGUGGGUUGACAACUAUAACAUUCCAGUCUUCACAAAUGACAUAUCCAUUGUUCGUAAAAUUGCAAAGAGAGUCAGUGGCAGAGGAGGUGGACUUCCAUCAGUUCAAUCCAUGGCGUUAACUCACGGAGGUGGGACAAUUGAGGUUGCUUGCAACUUACUAGAACCUGCUAGAAUUGGUGGUAACCAAGUGCAGCUUGAAGUUGAGCGACUUGCUAGGGAAGAAGGUAUUUCUGUGGGGAAAGGAUACUAUACCGAUCUCUCAGAAGAAAAAAUAAUCGAAAGUUACUUGAAACUAGUUCAACAUUCUGACUAGCGAAGCUAUAGGAAAAAAUUAUUCUAUCCAUCGUUCCUAUUUUCCUUCUCUCUUUUCGCGCAUUUUGCCAAGAUUUUUGGAACAUUUGAUCUUGAACUCUAGCCUCCAGAACUAAGCAAUAAUAUGUUUGUGUAAAAUCUUGAAUAUUUUUUUUCACAUUUGGUCAUAGCACACAAUAUUGUGCUCAUACUACAUUUCUGAAACAUUCUUAUUGUAUAUCCAAUUUUGUAAUCUUAAUGCUCAUUGUUUUAAGGAUUCUCUCCA